AACUUGAAUUUCGAGAGAGAGAGAUCAAAAAUCUACAAAAGACUUAAAAAACUUUUUAUUUGAUUUUAUGUUUCUGAAAAAAGGGUAAAUCGAAAAAUCAGGGCUUUGAUUAUCAUCCUGCGUUUUUUGCCGUUCAUCUCUCUCUAACUCUCUCUCUCUCUCUCUCUCUCUCUGGUGGGAGAAAUGAAGAAAACGCUCCUUGCUUUGUUCUUGCUGCUUCUGAAUCUGUUUGCGUUUUCAUCUUCUCGGAAACUCAAACCUUUCCACGACGCAACUGUUCUUCUGGAGUUGAAGAGUAGCUUCUCCGAUCCACACGGUGUUCUGUCUAGGUGGGAUCCGAACAUCUCCAACCACUGUUCUUGGUUCGGUGUCUCUUGCAACUCCGAUCUCAGAGUCGUCUCUCUAAUCCUCGACGAGACUAGACUCGGCGGCGAGAUCUCUCCGGUGGUCGGAAGCCUCUCUGAGAUUAGGGUUUUAUCUCUUGCUUUCAACAAUCUUGGAGGCCAAGUUCCAAAGGAGAUCUGGGGGUUGAAGAGGUUAGAGAUCCUUGACCUUCAAGGCAACGACUUUAGGGUUCAGAGAUUCUCACGCGAUGCUGUCAGGAAACUCAUGAGUCAUAACGGUGAAGAAGAAGAAGAUUCAGAGAACGAAGCGAGUCCAAGCUCAGAUUCUUCAGACAAAACCGGUUUGUACCCUAUCGAGAUUGCUUCCAUCGUGUCGGCUUCAGUCAUAGUCUUUGUCCUUCUCGUCCUCGUUGUCUUGUUCAUCUACACUAGAAAAGGCAAACGUAACUCUCAAGUUCAAGUAGUGGAACCAAAGGAGAUCAAAGUCUUUGUGGACAAUGGUAUCCCUCUGACCUACGAGAGCAUCGUUAGAGCCACUGGCUACUUCUGCAACUCAAACUGCAUCGGUCACGGUGGGUUCGGUUCCACAUACAAAGCCGUUGUCUCUCCUGACAAUGUCUUCGCUGUUAAAAGACUCUCCAUUGGUAGGUUCCAAGGGGACCAACAGUUCCACGCCGAGAUCUCAGCUCUCGAAAUGGUUAGGCAUCCGAAUCUGGUAAUGCUAAUAGGUUACCACGCGAGCGAGACAGAGAUGUUUCUUAUCUACAACUACUUGUCCGGAGGGAACCUUGAAGACUUCAUCAAAGAAAGAUCCAAGUCUGCUCUCGACUGGAAGGUCCUUCACAAGAUUGCUCUCGAUGUGGCCCGUGCUCUCGCUUAUCUACACGAACAGUGUUCGCCUAAAGUCCUGCAUAGAGACAUCAAACCGAGUAACAUACUCUUGGACAACAACUACAACGCUUAUCUAUCUGAUUUUGGGCUGUCUAAACUCUUGGGGGCUUCGCAGUCUCAUGUCACGACAGGAGUGGCUGGAACGUUUGGUUACGUUGCUCCGGAAUACGCGAUGACGUGCCGUGUCUCGGAGAAAGCAGAUGUUUACAGCUACGGUAUUGUCAUCUUGGAGCUUAUAUCGGAUAAGCGAGCUUUGGAUCCUUCUUUCUCGUCUCACGAGAAUGGAUUCAACAUUGUCUCGUGGGCGCAUAUGAUGCUGAGUCAAGGCAAAGCUAAGGAGGUUUUCACCAAGGGACUGUGGGAGACUGGUCCUCAGGAUGAUCUGGUCGAGGUUCUGCAUUUAGCACUCAAAUGCACGGUUGAUAGCCUCUCGAUAAGGCCGACGAUGAAACAAGCUGUUAAACAACUGAAACGAAUCCACCCUUCUAGAUUGUGAUACAGCAGCAAAACACAAGUGUGUAGUAGCUAUUAGAAGCUUUGUAGCUUUUUGUAUUUUUUGUUUUUAAGUCUGUUUGCUUAUUUUCAGACUAGGAGGUUUUUCAUCUGUGUACUAACUCUACUCGGUACUCACCAUAUGCAUCAUCAAUGUGAUUCUCUUAAAUCUGUAAACUGA